AUGCCUUCAAGGCCGAAUCGCUGCACCCUCCCCCGGCUGCGGCGGUGGAUGCGGCGGCAGUGUUUUCGCGAGCUGCUGCUGCUCGUGCUCGUGCUGUCGGCGAGCAGCGGCGCGCGCGGCGUGCGGUUCACGCUGGACCGGAAAGAGUGUCUGACGGAGUACGUCAACUGGGUGGGCGACGUCGUUCACGGCAACUUCGUCGUUGUCAGCGCCGACGCGUGGGGCGACUGGGAGCAGAACGGCGUCGACCUAGUGAUCAGCGACCCGGACGGGUACACGGCGUUUUCAACGGAGGGGCAGACGCAGGGCAAGUUCGAGUUCAUGUCGCAGCGCGAGGGCGACUACCGCUUCUGCUUCACCAACAAUGGAGCACGUGGGUGCGUGGAGGUGGGAGGGACGACGGCAGGCACUCGCGGUGACGCAGCCAACGAGCUGUGGGCUGGAUGGGUACCAGGCGAGAGAGAGGCAUGGGAGGGGCGAGAGGCAUGGGAGGGGCGAGAGGCAUGGGAGGGGCGAGAGGCAUGGGAGGGGCGAGAGGCAUGGGAGGGGCGAGAGGCAUGGGAGGGGCGAGAGGCAUGGGAGGGGCGAGAGGCAUGGGAGGGGCGAGAGGCAUGGGAGGAGCGAGAGGCAUGGGAGGGGCGAGAGGCAUGGGAGGGGCGAAAGGCAUGGGAGGGGCGAGAGGCAUGGGAGGGAUGCGAGUGGCAUGGGAGGGGCGAGAGGCAUGGGAGGGGCGAGAGGCAUGGGAGGGGCGAGAGGCAUGGGAGGGGCGAGAGGCAUGGGAGGGGCGAGAGGCAUGGGAGGGGCGAGAGGCAUGGGAGGGGCGAGAGGCAUGGGAGGGAUGCGAGUGGCAUGGGAGGGGCGAGAGGCAUGGGAGGGGCGAGAGGCAUGGGAGGGGCGAGAGGCAUGGGAGGGGCGAGAGGCAUGGGAGGGGCGAGAGGCAUGGGAGGGGCGAGAGGCAUGGGAGGGAUGCGAGUGGCAUGGGAGGGGCGAGAGCAUGGGAGGGGCGAGAGGCAUGGGAGGGGCGAGAGGCAUGGGAGGGGCGAGAGGCAUGGGAGGGGCGAGAGGCAUGGGAGGGGCGAGAGGCAUGGGAGGGGCGAGAGGCAUGGGAGGGGGCGAGAGGCAUGGGAGGGGCGAGAGGCAUGGGAGGGAUGCGAGUGGCAUGGGAGGGGCGAGAGGCAUGGGAGGGGCGAGAGGCAUGGGAGGGGCGAGAGGCAUGGGAGGGGCGAGAGGCAUGGGAGGGGCGAGAGGCAUGGGAGGGGCGAGAGGCAUGGGAGGGGCGAGAGGCAUGGGAGGGGCGAGAGGCAUGGGAGGGGCGAGAGGCAUGGGAGGGAUGCGAGUAGGCAUGGGAGGGGCGAGAGGCAUGGGAGGGGCGAGAGGCAUGGGAGGGGCGAGAGGCAUGGGAGGGGCGAGAGGCAUGGGAGGGGGCGAGAGGCAUGGGAGGGAUGCGAGAGGCAUGGGAGGGGCGAGAGGCAUGGGAGGGGCGAGAGCAUGGGAGGGGCGAGAGGCAUGGGAGGGGCGAGAGGCAUGGGAGGGGCGAGAGGCAUGGGAGGGGCGAGAGGCAUGGGAGGAGCGAGAGGCAUGGGAGGGAUGCGAGUGGCAUGGGAGGGAUGCAAGUGGCAUGGGAGGGAUGCGAGUGGCAUGGGAGGGAUGCGAGUGGCACAGGAGGGAUGCGAGUGGCAUGGUACAUGCUGGCCUGGCUCCAACAACAACCUAACAUGUCGCCCUCCCUCUUUCCCUCCCUCCCUCCCUCCCUCCCUCCCUCCCUCCCUCCCUCCCUCCCUCCCUCCCUCCCUCCCUCCCUCCCUCCCUCCCUCCCUCCCUCCCUCCCUCCGUCCCUCCCUCCCUCCCUCCCUCCCUCCCUCCCUCCCUCCCUCCCUCCCUCCCUCCCUCCCUCCCUCCCUCCCUCCCUCCCUCCCUCCCUCCCUCCCUCCCUCCCUCCCUCCCUCCCUCCCUCCCUCCAUCCCUCCCUCCCUCCCUUCAUCCCCCCCCUCUGUGCUGCAUGGGGGUGGCAGGUCGCCGGUGUUUGAGACGGUGUCACUGGAGGUGUUUGUGGGCCACCAGGUGCAGCCCCACGAGAUCGCCACUGACGAGCACAUACUGCCGAUAGUGACGAAGCUCUCAGGGCUGCACAACCACAUCACCAGUGUGUACUUGGAGGCCAAGUGGUUCCACGCGCAGGCCGAGCGCCAGAACCAGCUGGCGCAGGCCACGACACGCAAGCUGGUGGUGAAGACAGCCAUGCAGUCACUCGCCCUCAUCACCUGCUCCUUCCUGCAGGCACGCCCCCCCACUCCCCUCACAUGCUCCACCCCCUUGCGUUCCUGUCCUCUGUGCACGCACAGCAGCACGACACAGCACGGUGGUUUGCAGAGCAACUCUCACUGGAUGCGCUCACCCCAUCCUCCUCUGCAGGUCUAUCUCUUGAGGCGCCUCUUUGAGAAGAAGCUUGGAAGGACAAUGGUCAUGGUGAAGGGCAAGAAGAUUCUCUUCAUCGUGGGCGACUAUGUGGAGGACUACGAGCGAGCUCACGCGCGCGCGCCGCUGCUCGCCGUGCAUGGCGCGCAGGUGAUGGUGCCGUUCCAGGCGCUGAUGGCGUUCGGCUGCAACGUGGACGCCGUGUGUCCGGGCAAGAAGGAGGGCGACGUCUGUCGCACCGCCGUGCACGACUUCGUCGGCGAUCAGACGUACGCGGAGUCGCGGGGGCACAACUUCGUGCUGAACGCCACGUUUGACGAGGCGCGCUGCGACGCGUACGACGCGCUGGUGGUGCCGGGCGGGCGCGCGCCCGAGUACCUGUCCGUGGACGGCCGCGUCACGGCGCUCGUGCGCGACUUCCACGCCGCCCGCAAGCCCAUCGCCUCCAUCUGCCACGGCCAGCUCGUGCUCGCCGCCGCUGACGUGCUCAAGGGCAGCAAGUGCACGGCGUACCCGGCAGUGAAGCCCGUGGUGGAGCUGGCCGGGGGCCAGUGGGUGGACGCCGACCCCAUCUCCGCCUGCCUCUUUGACGACCAGUGCGCCCCGGGGGGCAUGGCCAUGGGGGGCAUGGCCAUGGGGGGCAUGGCCAUGGGGGGCAUGGCCAUGGGGGGCGCGGGGCAUGGGGGUUGGGGCCAUGGGGGGUUGGGGCCAUGUGGGCACAAUCUGAUAACGGGCGCGGCAUGGCCGGGGCACCCGGAGUUCCUGUCGCUGCUGCUGCUGGCGCUGGGCGCCAAGGUGCACGGCAGCGACAAGCGCGUGCUCAUGCUCGCAGGGGACUUCAUGGAGGACUACGAGGCCAUGGUGCCCAUGCAGGCGCUGCAGGCGCUGGGCUACCGCGUGGACGCCGUGUGCCCGGAGAGGCGCACAGGGGACGUGUGCAAGACGGCCGUGCACGACUUCGAGGGUGACCAGUACCUGGCGCUGAAUGCGCGCGUGCUGGAGGUGGUGCGGCAGUUCCAUGCGGCCCGCAAGCCCAUCGCCUCCGUGUGCCACGGCCAGCAGAUCCUCGCUGCUGCGGGCGUGCUCAAGGGCAUGCGGUGCACGGCAUACCCGGCGGUGAAGCCAACGGUGGUGCUGGCGGGCGGCGAGUGGCAGGAGCCGGACCCCAUCUCGCGGUGCUUCCAGGACGGGCACCUCAUCACGGGCGCUGCAUGGCCCGCCCACCCAGAGCUCAUCAGCUUGCUCAUGGCCGCCCUCGGCACCACCGUCACGGCUUGA